GUCAUGUCUUCGGGCUUCCCUUUUUUAGGGGGGCCCCUUGUUAUUCUCUCCAUUUUCUGUCUGAGUGUAGCUGAGCAGUUUCCCCUUUUCUUGAAUCGGUUUUAUUUCUGGAAUUAUUUUUGCUCUAGCCAGACUAUAAAGGGAGGCUGCAGCCCGGACACAUUUCCUCAGGGACAGGACGCAGAUGAGUUUUCCCAGACCAUCAUAAGGGACAAGAAGAAUCUUGACUGCAUAGGCCCAGGAAGGGUAAGACAGCUCGCGAACACCUCUCACUCGCCAUCAUGUUGGAAGAAGAUAACGAUGAGACAUGCUGGAAUAACCUGGAGAACUUCCGGGUGAAGCUGAUCUCUGUGAUAGAUCCUUCCCGUAUAACGCCCUACCUUCGCCAGUGCCAGGUGAUAAACCACGAUGAUGAAGAACAAGUUCUCAACGACCCCAGCCUGGUCAUGCGCAAGCGGAAAGCAGGUGUUCUCCUGGACAUUCUUCAGCGAACGGGGCGCAAGGGCUUUGAGGCAUUUAUGGAAAGUCUUGAGCUCUACUAUCCACAGCUAUAUAAGAAGAUAACCGGCAAGGACCCAAGCAGGGUUUUCUCUAUGAUUCUAGACACGGCCGGAGAAUCCGGCCUGAGCCAGCUCCUGAUGAGUGAGAUCAUGAAGCUGCAGAGGACUGUGCAGGAGGAGCGGCAGAAGGCCCAGGAGCUCACCGUGUGGCUGCACACCAAAGAGAACACGAUCAGAGAGAUGUGGGUGAGGGACAGCCUGCUCCGCAAGCACCAAGAGCGGGCGCAGAAGAUGAAGGAGGAGCGGGACAGUCUGAGCAAGGAGCUGCGGAAGUGCAAGGACGAGAACUACAACCUGGCAAUGAGCUAUGCCAAGCAGAGCGAGGAGAAGAGCGCUGCCCUCAUGAAGAAUCGGGACCUGCUCCUAGAGAUUGAUCAGUUGAAGCACAGCCUCAUGAAGGCUGAGGAUGACUGCAAGCUGGAGCGUAAGCACACGAUGAAAUUGAAGCAUGCCAUAGAGCAGCGUCCAAGCCAUGAGGUGAUGUGGGAGAUACAGCAGGAGAAGGAGUUGCUUUUGGCCAAGAAUCAGGAGCUGGAGAACACUCUCCAGCAGGUUGCCAGGGAACAAAAUUUGGAGAAGAGCCUCUCCAACGAAACUCUGGAGAAUGACUGCAGCCAGAUACUAGAACGCCGCAAGCUGAUGAACACCGUUUACAACCUUCGCAGGGAGCUGCGACGAGCCGAGGUGCUCCAAGACAAAUAUGCAGAAGAAAAGGAGAUGCUCGAACUACAGUGCACAUCUCUGCGGAAGGACACCCAGAUGUAUAAAAAACGGAUCGAAGCCGUCCUGCAGCAGCUGGAGGAAGUGGCUUCAGAAAGAGACCAGGCGCUGCUGACCAGAGAACAGUUCUACACACAGUACUCCAAGAACCUGGUCGAGAGGGACACCUACCGGAAACAGAUUCGGGAGCUGGGGGAGCGAUGUGACGAAAUGCAGCUGCAGCUCUUCCAAAAGGAGAGUCAGUUACUGGCUACUGAAGCCAAGCUGAAAAGGUUGCAACUGGAGCUACCUGCACUGACUUCUGACCUGGAUGACACCUCGUCCAGAGAUUCCCAGGAACUUACUCUUCAUGGUCAUCUAGAUGAAGAUGCACAGCUGACUAAAAAAGACUGCCCUGAAGGACAAACCCAGCAAUUUAGCACCCGAGAGAGCAAUCUGCCUCUAGAGUCGCCCACUUUCAAGGAGUGUGGCUUGGCCAAUGAGGAACUGGCAGAAAAGGAGCGGAGGAGGAUGAAGGACUGCUUUGAGCGUUACCGAAGAAAAAGGGCAAUGCGAAGAGUACCAAAGGGCCAACACCACGAAGCAGACUGGGAAAACACCACUGGCAGCGACAACACUGACACCGAGGGCUCUUAAGAGCAGGAGCCGACCUGCAAGGCAAACAGCAGAGAGGCCACGGUGCGAUCUGUAUUUGUCCCUUCAAAUAGACUACAUGGAUUUUAAAACCAUCUAAACCAACAUGUAUGAGAAGUUAGUUUGUAACUGGACUAUAACCAACACUAUGAGAAGUUAAAGUUUGUAACUGGACUGUGUGUUUAGCAUUCUGCCUGUCCUCGUCCAUCUCUGUCAUUGAGAACUUUCCCGUUUAGAUCCGCAGUAAUGUGAGAGGUGUGCGGUGCAUCAAUAAACAGGGUUGAGGCUUGGA